AUGGCCACCUCGAGAAUCAAACACGUCGUGCUCUUUCCCUUCCCUGGUCAGGGCCACCACGCCAGCUUCCUCACCAUCGCCCGCCUCCUCGCCCGUGAGCUCCCGGACGCCGCCAUCACGCUCGUUUCCACUCCAGGCAACGUCGCUGCCCUGCGCUCCUCCUCGUCGUUCGUCCCGGCCGACCACGGCCUGCCCAUCGGCUGCGAGUCAACCAGCUGCCUCCCGGUGCCAUCGUUCGUCACGCUCUUCGAGGCCUUCGAGUCCCUGGAGCCCGCCUUCGACGACUACGUCUCGGGCCUCAGCGGACAGAGCGGUGACGAGGCGGACAUCUGCAUCGUCGCCGACGUGUUCGUCGCGUGGACGGUGGACGUCGCGCAGCGGCACGGGUGCGCGCACGCGGUCUUCGUCUCCUGCGGCGCGUUCGGCACGGCCAUCUUUCGCGCCCUGUGGAACCACAUGCCGGCGCUGCCCUUCGGCUCCGACGACUUGCUACGCCUGCCAGAGUACCCGGACGUGGCGCUCCACCGGUCGCAGCUGUCGCCCGUCUUCCUCCUCCACGCCGAGUUGAGCGACCGGUGGACGGCGUUCUACCAGCGGGCCAUACGGCACGGGUAUCGCACGGACGCGGUGCUCGCCAACACCGUCGAGGAGUUCGAGAGCACGGGGCUGACAAUGAUGCGCCGUGCUGCCGGCAAGGCUCCGGUCUGGCCCAUCGGCCCUCUCGUCCGCUGCGGCAACGACUCGAGCAUAGACGAGACCGACGACGGCGUUCUACGGUGGCUGGACACGCAUCCUCAGUCGUCCGUCUUGUACAUCUCUUUCGGGUCACAGAACACCAUACAAGCCAAGCAGAUGACGGAGCUCGCCGCAGCCCUGGAAAGCACCGGCCGGCAGUUCAUCUGGGCGAUCCGGCCGCCAGUGGGGUUCGACGUCGCCGGCGCGUUCAGCGACGAGUGGCUGCCCGAGGGGUUCGAGGCGUGGGUGGGCGCCGCAGCUGCGGAGCAGUUCUACAACGCGCGGAUGCUGGCGGAGGAGUGGGGGGUGUGCGCGGAGGUGGCGCGCGGGAACCUGGAGAGCUCGGCCGUGGAGAGGUCCAAGGUGGCCGAGGCCGUGGAGACGGUGAUGGGGGACACCGUGGAGUCGGCGGCCAUGCGGCGGCGAGUCAAGGAGGUCCAGGUGGUGUUGACGAGUGCCUGGCGGCAGGAGGAGGGAUCGUCUACGACGGCGCUGCACGAGUUCUUAAGAGCCAUGCACCUGCAAUGA